UAUUGCAGCCAAUGAGGUCUUACCCGGGGGGUGGGUUGGUUGCGAGGCUAACUGAUCAGGCAGGAGGGAAGGCACCAGCGGCGGUAAAAAAAAAAAGGACCCGGUGAAGAUGGCGGGUGGACAACAGUCGGUGCUUUUCGUGUGUUUGGGCAAUAUUUGCCGAUCUCCAAUUGCUGAAGCCAUCUUCAGGAAACUGGUAACAGACCGGGGUGUUAUAGACAAAGCAUGGCACUUGUGUUUCUUCCAGUGGAAUGUAGACAGUGCAGCAACUUCAAGAUAUGAAAUAGGCAAUCCCGCUGACCUUCGGGGCCAGAGGUGUCUGAUGAAACAUGGCAUUACCACGAAUCACAUUGCCAGGCAGGUAACCAAAAAUGAUUUUGUAACAUAUGAUUUUAUGCUUUGCAUGGAUGAAAACAAUUUAAGAUCUUUAAAGACAAUGGUUGAAAAAGUAAGCAAUCCUAAGUCCAGCAUACAACUACUUGGAUCAUUUGAUCCAGAGAAGAAGCGUAUUAUACAAGAUCCCUAUUAUGAAGAUGAAGCACAUUUUGAAGAAGUGUACCAGCAGUGUUUAAGAUGUUGCACAGGAUUCCUAGAGGCUUCCACUUAACAAUGCAAAACGAAGCAUUGCUUUUAUAAAUUAUCAAAACAAAUCCAUUGAAUAUGGUUUACCAACAUCAUUGGUCUCAAAUUUAUAGAAUUAAUUAAAUAUUUAAAAUUAUUUGCUAUAAUUGUUUCAAUGUUCUUGUUUGCUCUAUACCAAGUAGACAAAAAUGAUAUUCAUCGGCAAACUUUAAAACGGCAAAAAUUACAAACAUGAUGGUUUUAUUCUCAUGAAUUUUGAUUGCAGGGCAAUAAAAUUUGAUGCUACAGAA